AUGGAGAACCUAGUUUCAGGUAUGCUGACGUUUUACGGCAUCGAUGUAUCACAAGAGGUUUAUGCCUGGAUAAUUGUUCUUGUGUUGCCCAUUAAUUCUGCACUCAACCCAAUACUGUACACUUUGUCUUCUAAUAUUCGAGAACAUAGACGAAGCAAGGCAAAAGAGAUUAAUGUACAACGAGAAAAGGAGUUGUUUUCACGAGAAAUUGAUCGUCUUCAAUCUCGAUUAAAAGCCAUAAUAAAAGAGAAGGAGAUGUUCUCACAAGAAAAUGACAAUCUUGCACGACAAGUGAAAUUGCUAAAGGCAAGGGAUUCUGAAUCAGAAGGAGUGAACAUGACAGGAGACCACUAACUAAGCAAAUUAUAUUUAUCACAAGCAAGCUUUAUUUUUUACAUCUGAUACUGAUCAAAACUGAUAACUAAAUUGAAUAAAAGAUUGGCAAUGUUGUUUGAUUCUUUUGUUUUUAAAUUCCUUGCUAAAUCAUUUCAUAGCUGCUUG